AAUUAAUUAUCGGUAAGUAUAUCUAAAUUUUUUUGUAUCGUCCAGAUAAAAAUUUAUCUAAUCUGGUGGUAAGUAUAAAUAUUUUACCUCGGUCUUUCUUCUUUAUUAUUUUCGGAUAUUCUAAGUUAUUAACAAAGGCCACAUAAUGGUAUUUUUUCACUUAGUCGCAAUAUUGCUCUCCAACGCGGUAUUGAUUCAAAGUCAAAGUGCAAUAACAAAUCCAAGAGUGGCAAUAGCGCAUCUUAACUCAAAAACGGUCAACGGAACCAUAGCUUUUUUAGAGAUAGAAAAUGGAACUAUACACGUUCAGGGACUGUUGAUUGGACCGGGCUUAAAACCGGGACUGUACGGUUUUCACAUUCACGAGUUUGGUAACACGAUCACAUGUGACUCGACGGGAGCACACUUCGAUCCUCAUAGGAGAUCUCAUGGUGGUAGACUUCACGACGUGCGUCAUGUUGGUGAUUUCGGAAAUGUAAGGUUUGAAGACGCUGGAGCCGGCAUUGCCGUUGCCCACGUUGAUUUCCUAGACGAAAUCAUUACAUUCAGCGGUCAGAACAAUAUACUGGGUCGUGGCUUAGUGCUACACGAACAAGAAGACGACCUCGGAGAAGGCGGGCACGAAUUAUCUUCGACUACGGGUAAUGCAGGAGCUAGGAUAGCUUGUGGUGUGAUUGGGAUCCAGUCCGGUAAUUGGAACUCUGGAAUUUCUACAUAUUCAUCUUCCUCGCUAGUAAUAUUUGGUAUUUUAUUUUUGUUUCUUAAAUGAGAUCCAUACAUACAAGGCAAU